AUUGCUACAACAGAGCGACUUGUCUUUGACUUCCUUGGUUUUAUGUGGGUUCCUAUGCUGGGAGGAUUCCUCAAUAUCAUCUUCGUCCUUUUUGGCCUAUUUGGCUCUUAUCAAUACAGACCAAAAUUUAUGAUUGUAUAUUCAUUAUGGCAAUUGCUGUGGCUUGGCUGGAAUAUCUUUGUCAUAUGUUUGUAUUUAGAAGCAGGAAUUCUUUCACUUGAGCAACAUCAUUAUAUUCUUACAUUUAACACUAGCAGCAGUGAAAGUUGGUGGAUUGAGCAAGGUUUUAAUUGUUCAGUGACAUAUAACAUCACCACAUUGCCUAAUGGUAUGAGUACAUCAGAGAGGAUAGGUGUUACUGGUUGCCUCUUAGACUACAGAUAUGUAGAGGUUAUUCAUGCUGCUCUUCAAUGCUUUUUAUGUGUCCUGGGUAUCAUUUGGGCAAUGGUUAUGUUAAAAAAAUUCAACGAAGAAGAAGACAGCUUUGAUUUUAUCGGUGGUUUUGAUUCUUCAUACACUGCCUACAACUCACAUGCACAAAAGCCACCUGCAACAAUGCAAUUGGAACCAAUCUAUGUGCAUAGGGGGCUUCGUUGACAUCAAGAAAAAGUGAGGCUUGAAGUAUGGUAUCUAGAGAGAAAGGACAGAUAAAGAAUAUCACAUGAUGUCAACCUGCUUGCCAUAUCCAAGACCUUGUCAACGACAUAAAUUCAAAGAUGAAUCUUCCGGAUGCCACGACAGACUUUUCUGCAUUGAUGUGUAAUUCAUGGAUGUGAUGUUGAUGACAAUCAUAAAUGAUUGGUUUUGAUACGACAACAUUUGAAGUUUCCCAAGCCCCUGAAGUGUGAACAUGCCAUAGUGUAAAUGUGAACACUCCUGAUAUCAUUCAGCAGCCCUAGUUACGCCCUUCUUGUACAUCUGGUAUAAUGUCCAACCUAUUAAUACCCUUUUUACACAGGAUUUUCUUAGCCCCGGACUAUCGCUAACCCCGUACUAUCCUUAACCCCGUACUAUUUUUUUUCCUUUUCACACAUGCCAAAUUGUUAUUGCUAACCCCGGAUAAGGAAUGCUUGCUUUUCACACACGAAACUCGCUAACCCCGGACUAGUGGUAGCUCAUUAACUCGUACCUUUUUACACACGCUAAAAUUUCCUUAACCCCGUACUAUAGGUGGGGCUAAAUUGCCAUUUAGCCCCACCUAUAGUACGGGGUUAAGCUUAGCCCACUUUCGUUUUACACUAGCGAUCUUAACCCCGUACUAUCGCUCUUAGCACCGCAAUUGCUGGGAUAACCCUGCUUUUUUGCAGGGCCAAAUAAUCCCGUACUAAAGGUGGGGUUAGCCCACUUUGCAAAAAUGCUGUGUAAAAAGAAAGUGGGCUAAGCUUAACCCCGUACUAUAGGUGGGGCUAAAUGGCAAUUUAGCCCCACCUAUAGUACGGGGUUAAGGAAAUUUUAGCGUGUGUAAAAAGGGUAUUUGUGUUUCAGGGAGUACAUUGAAAUAAUUUCUGAGAUUAUGAACUGACUCGGAGGUCAUUCUUCACCUGGGUAGAUUUAUCAGGGCUCCGUAACAGAAAUGUUUGCUAUAAAUAGCAAAUAUGAAAGAACACUUCUGAUUGUAUCUUGGUCAGUGUUUUAAGUAUUAAGUAUAACAUUGAUCCUGAUUGAUAGUUGCUGUAUAGCGAUUUAUCACCAAUCUUGAUGUUAUGGAAGACAUGGAAUUGUUGCAAUCAGAUAUUACAGGCUACUAGUAAUCUGAAGGAGUGACAUCAUAGUACACAUAUACCUUGAUCUUGAGGCAUCCUUUAUUUUAUCUUUUUUCUGUCCUUGUAUUUCUUCUGGUUUCAAUUUUGGUAAGUGUUCAAUACAAAAAAAAUGAUGGUAAAUUGUAUAAAACUAUAUUUUGAUAUCUGUUUGGAGUGAGAACAGAGCAUCUGUUCUAAGGAAAUCAAUGAGUAUGAAAAUUAGAGCUUCAUUCGCUCUACAUGCAAUUAAAGUGUGUUGGUUCUAAUGAAAACACUGAAAGUUUUAAACGUUAAACACGAUGCACCUUUUGAUUCUCAAGCAAGAGUCACUCUCCGAGCUCCCCUAACCCAGUCAUAGAUGCGUUGUGGUGUAGUGGUUCUGACUCUUGCCGUGCAAUCAAAGGGUCGUGUGUUCGAAUCGCACUGGGCCUAGCGUCUUUUGGCACCCAGGUGGUUCCCGGUAGGAUGUAAAAGCGUAAUGUAGUAUGCCUAGCAACUCAGUCUUGGAACCAGGGGCGGUGGGGCGAAGUGGAAAGUGGGGGGGGGGGGAGGGCACAGGGGAAAAGGGCACCUUUUCUUUCGAAAAGGGCACUAACUUAAAACAAGUGACCUAUCUACAGUGGUGUAAUGAGCCAAAAAUUUUGAGGGGGCUAGAUAUGUUGUAUCUCGUAAAAUUUAUGAGAAGCUGGAGCAAUAAUUUUGAUAUUUUUAAACCGUAAAAAAGGGCACUUUUACAGUGCUUCAAAAACUGUGCCCCCCCCCCCCCCCCCCCGGAUCUCCGCCCCUGCUUGGAACUCUUGUUGGAUGCUUCCUGUCAAAAGAAAAAUGACCAUGGCCAGCUAGAAAUUAGAUUUUGGCUCAAGAGAGUUUAUUUUCUUUCCUCAUCUUUACAGCCUCCCUAUUAAGGCUCCCAAUAAAAGAAAUCCAAAGAAAAUACAAACAUUGGCAAACAAACUUUAAAACCCACAUGUAAUUCUGGAUUUUCAUAUGACACUCUGCAGGGAAUAAAGAAAAUGCAUAAUCGUGAGCAUGCCAGGUAACAUAAAGAUUUAGCGAUUGAUUGUUGGGCUGAAUUCAAUAAUUGAUUACAUUGAUUAUCGUGUAUGAUCAGUCAUAUAAAUCAGCCUUAUGAUCAAUUGCUUUAUGCUACUGGCUCCUGAUCAAAUAAUAAUAUAUAAACCCUAUGGAUGUUACACUAUGCUUGUUUAAAGGUCACAGUGCUUAUUAAUAUACUGAAAUGGUUUUUAUUAAAAAUAGAAUUGAAUGAAAUUUAUUAAUUUAUUAUAAAUUUAUUAUUUACUAAAGAAAUGUUGAUCCUUUCGGGGUUAGAGCAAUUUCAGAAAGGUUCCUUGAGCACUACAUGUAUGUGCCUUAGAUUAUUAAAAUGAAUGUUAAAGUAAUCUAUUCCUUCAACAUUUUGUGUUGUAUGAACAUAUUUUUCUACAAUAUUGGUGUGACCUUUCUCAAUCAAAAGCAAAUAUACAUUGUCAGAAAACUACUACAGGUAUGUCAAAGAUUGUUAAAACUCAAGUUUUUGUACAUUGCAUCAUUUUUCUACAGUUGACACUUUCUAAAUUAUGUUUAAAGAGGGGUACUCUGUGUAAAGAGUUAUAUACAUUUUGAUGUGGCAAACAUGCUUUCUCAAUAGUAAUUCUUUCAAUGUGUUUGAGAUAUAUUGCCAUUGUAUAGUAUGAACGUUCAAGAGAUAAAUUCAUUUACAUUUACAUUCAAUACAGAUAAUUGCAUUUACUCAGGUUCCUACAGGAUAAUAUGAAGGUGUUACUACCUCGUGCUAUUAUCCAGGCCUGUAUUAUCCUAUGAAAGCUUUGAGAAUCACCCCUCCCCCCUCCCUUCUGAAAAAAGCAUUAUACAGUACUCUCAUGAUUCCUUGUAUAUUUCUGAUAGUUUAAAACUGGAGUGUUACAUUUAUGAAUCUUUUAAUUUGUGAGUCACAGAAAGCAAAGACAAAAAUGUCUCUGUAAUGCAUACAUGUAUUUGAAAAUCUGAAUUUUUGUCUCGCCUGCAUAGCAGAGCGAGACUAUAGGCGCCGCUUUUCCUACGGCGGCGUCGUCAACAUUGAAAUCUUCACCAAGGUUAAGUUUUUGAAAUGUCAUUAUAACUUAGAAUGUAUAUGGACUUGGACAUGAGGGUAAUCAAGUAUUACUGAACAUCCUGCCUGAGUUUUAGGUCACAUGACCAAGUUCAAAGGUCAUUUAGGGUCAAUGAACUUAGACCAUGUUGGGGGAAUCAAUAUCGAAAUCUUAACCAAGGUUAAUUUUUUGAAUUGUUGUCAUAACUUCGAAAGUGUAUGGACAUAGUUCAUGAAACCUGGACGUAAGGGUGAUAGUGUAUCAUUGAAGAUCCUGCCUAAGUUUCAGGUCACAUGACCAAAUUCAAAGGUCACUUAGGGUCAACGAACUUUGACCAUGGUGGGGGUAGUUGUGGAAUCGCCAUCAUAACUUUGAAAUUUUCUGGAUCUAGUUGAUGAAACUUAGACAUAAAGAGCAAUUAUGUAUCCCUGAACAUCCUCUGCGAUUUUCAGGUCACAUGACCAAGGUCAAAGGUCAUUUAGGGUCAAUGAACUUUGAUAACGUUGGGGGUAUUUGUGGAAUUGUCAUCAUUACUUUAACAGUUUAGCGAUCUUGGGACAUAAGAGUAACCAUGUAUCCCUGAAUAUUUUGUGUGUGUUUCAGGUCACAUGACCGAAAUCAAAGGUCAUUUAGGGUCAACGAACUUUGAUAAUGUUGGGGGUAUUUGUGGAAUUGGUAUCAUAACUUAAAAAGUUUAAGGAUUUACACAUGUAGUUCAUGAAAUAGACAUAAGGGUAAUCGAGUUAUUUUGCACAUGUCUGAGGUCACUUGAUCAUGGUCAAAGGUCAUGUUGGGUAAAUGGACAUAGUAUUUUAUUAUCAUAUGAAUGUUUUCUUUUAUGAAUAAUUAUUUAAUAGGCUAUUUCAAAGUCAGCACUGCUGGUAUAUCAAAUCGUGUAACGCAGGCGAGACUGCCAGAGGCGUUCCACUUACGACUGAAUUGCGUACAAUUUACAAAAAUGAUUGAUACAUACAAUACACAUACAAUAGUUGAUCAAAAUAAGUUAUUGAAAUAAGACAUAAAUAACUAAACUCUGAUCUAGAUUCAAUGAAUAUUGGUAAUAGGAUUUAACAAAUUCAUUUACUAAAUGAAGAUUUUAUAAUAUAAUUCAAUACGGUUGCUUUGGGAUGUAUAUGUCAUGCCAUCUUUCAUAUAAUUCAUGUACCUCAUGCAAACCAAUCACCUCUGCUGCAAUAAUUAUACUAUAUGAUAACAGCAGAGGCAGCCAACUGGCCUGCGUGAAUUAGGGCAUUUUUCGGUGCAAGUAUAGGAUUAAGGAUUCAAAGUUUAAGGUCAUAUAAUUCAUACAAUAUGAGUGGAAAUGGAAAUAUUGUUUUGUAUCAACAAAACACUGAUAAAUUGCAUUGGCAAACAUGAUAAUGACUAGUGGGAUAUCCAGCUUGAAAUAUCAUAUAAGUACUAUUCACCACAAGAUUAUGAAAUAUAAUUGAUGAGUUUAAGCUACCAUCUACCCCAAAAUGAUACAUACAUAAGUUGUGUUCAUAAUUACUAAUACUAAGAGCUCACCCCUUAAACCUUGACGAUCAUCAUUAUAACUAAUGUUUUAGAUUUAUCUUUUGAGUGAGAGUCCCUCUCAAUGAUCAAAUCACUGAUCUGGAAGUAUUUCAAUGACCCCAGUAAUACGUCAAACUAGAGGUCAUGUUAACUUUUUGAGUUUUUUUAUGCCCCCAGAGACGAAGUCCAGAGGGGGCAUUAAGCGUUGCCCCCGUCCGUCCGUCCACCACUUGGUUUCCGCGCAAUAACUUGAAAAAUAUUUAAUGGAUUUAAAAAAAUGUUGGUGUGUAGGUAGAUGACACGAAAAUACAGGAUAAGUUCUAAUUCGGAGUCCGCAGGUCACAGCUCAUUAAAUAUGCGAGUUGGUUUCUGCGCAAUAACUCGAAAUAUAUUUAAUAGAUUUUAGAAUUUAUUGGUGUCAAGGUAGAUGACACCAAACUACAGGCUAAGUUUUAAUUCGGAGUCCACAGGUCAAAGGUCUCAGCUCAUUAAAUAUGCAAGUGUCACAGCUCAUUAAAUAUAUGAGUUGGUUUCCGCAUGAUAACUUAUGAAAUAUUCAACAGAUUUUUAAAUCUUUGGGUGUGUAGGUAGAUGACACCAAAUUACAGGCUAAGUUCGAAUUUGGAGUCCGCAGGUCAAAGGUCACAGCUCAUUAAAUAUAAAAGUUGGUUUCCACAUGUUAAAGGGCCUGGCAACUGACAAAUCAUGGGGAAAUUGAAUCUAUACGAAAUUUGCAAAAGGCCAAUUGACUUGCAUAAUAUAAUCCGUCCGUCAUGAGCGCCCGUCGGACUAAUGCGAUAAAAUUCGGACAGCACACGAAUUUGACCGAUGGUUAUUUACUUCGGGUCGUCGCAGUUCUAGCUUCCAACAAUCCCAAUUUCUAGACUCAUAGCAGGUCUCUUGAUUGCUAAAGCAAAAUAAAUAACCUCUGUGGAGUUACAUGUUUCAAAGUGAAAACAUGCAGUUUACUUCGUUGGUUAGUCUACUAACUAUUGCUCUCCUAAGAUUAGACCUCCCAGACACGCCGGCGUCUAUUACGUAACACCCCAGGCAUGCAGCCGAGUGAAAGACUUGAAUCCCUUCUCUGUUUUUGUCUCGCCUGCAUAGCAGAGCGAGACUAUAGGCGCCGCUUUUCCGACGGCGGCGGCGGCGUCAACAUCAAAUCUUAACCUAAGGUUAAAGGAGAAUGAAACUCUUGGAGCAAGUUAGCUUUUGUGAAAGCAGAAAAAUCAAAGAAUAAGAUCAACAAAACUUUGAGUAAAAUAGGACUAGCAAUAAAAGAGUUAUGAGCAUUUGAAUGUCGAGAUCACUAAUGCUAUGGAGAUCCUCCCAUUGGCAAUGCGACCAAGAUCUGUGAUGUCACACACGUACAACUCUCCCAUUUGGACACUGAAAAUAUACCCCAAAACAUCUCUUUUUGCUCAUUCUAAUCAUAUGACAAACGAUUCAUCAAUGAUAUAAUGUUGUGAAACCUCUGUACUUGUCAUCUCAUAAAGAGAACACCUCACCUUGUGAUAGACUCUAUAAAAGUGAGAAUAUAAGUGAAAUAAGUACUAAAGUAAUGAGGGAGUUGUACGUGUGUGAUAUCACAGAUCUUGGUCGCAUUGCCGUUGGGAGGAUCUACAUGGCACUAGUGAUCUCAAUAUUCGAAUGCUCAUAACUUUCUUAUUAUUCAUUCAAUCUUCCUCAAACUUUCAACAAUAUGUUUCUUUGAUUUUUCUCUUUGAUAUGGAUUCAGCUGGUUUCAAGGGUUUCAUUCUCCUUUAAGGUUUUGAAAUGACAUCAUAACUUAGAAAGUAUAUGGACCUAGUUCAUGAAACUUGGACAUAAGGUUAAUCAAGUAUUACUGAACAUCCUGCCUGAGUUUCAGGUCACAUGACCAAGGUCAAAGGUCAUUUAGGGUCAAUGAACUUAGACCAUGUUGGGAAAAUUAUUUUCAAAAUCUUAACCGAAGGUUAAGUUUUUGAAAUGACAUCAUAACUUAGAAAGUAUAUGGACCUAGUUCAUGAAACUUGGGCAUAAGGUUAAUCAAGUAUAAGUGAACAUCCUGCUCGAGUUUCAGGUCACGUGACCAAGGUCAAAGGUCAUUUAGGGUCAAUGAACUUUGGUCAAGUUGGGGGUAUUUGUUGAAUUACCAUCAUAACUUUGAAAAUGUAUGGAUUUAGUUAAUGAAACUUGGACAUUAGGUUAAUCAAGUACCACUGAAUAUCCUGUGCGAGUUUCAGGUCACAUGACCAUGGUCAAUGGUCAUUUAAGGUCAAUGAACUUUGGCCGUGUUGGGGGUAUAUGUUAAAUUACCAUCCUAACUCUGAAAGUUUAUGGAUCUAGUUUAUAAAACUUGGACAUAAGAGUAAUCAAGUAUCACUGAACAUCCUUUUACGAGUUUCAGGUCACAUGACCAUGGUCAAAGGUCAUUAAAGGUCAAUGAACUUUGGCCGUGUUGGGGGUAUUUGUUGAAUUACCAUCCUAACUCUGAAGUUUAUGGAUCUAGUUCAUAAAACUUGGGAUAUAAGAGUAAUCAAGCAUCACUGAACAUCCCCUGUGAGUUUCAGGUCACAAAACCAAGUCAAAGGUCAGUUAAGGUCAAUAAACUUAGGCCAUGUUGGGGUAAUUGUUGAAGUGCCAUCAUAACUUUGAAGGUUUAUGGAUAGAGUGAAUGAAAUGUGGACAUAGGUGUAGUUGACAGUCUUAAGUCUCCGUUCAAAUGUAAUUUAUGGUCAAUGAACGUGGUAUUAUGUCAUUAUAUGAAUGAUGUUUUUGUGAAUGAUUAUUUUAUAGUAGUUUUCAAAGUUAGCACUGCUGCUAUAUUAAAUUGCGUAAUGCAGGCGAGACUGCCAGAGGCGUUCCACUUGUUUUAGAUUAGCCUUGAUUUCCCCAUGAUUUGUCAAUGUAAAGUCGCUUUAACUUAUGAAAUGUUCAUCAGAUUUUAAAAAAUUUUGGUGUGUAGGUAGAUGACAUAAAAAUACAGGCUCAAUUCGAAUUUGGAGUCCGUAGGUCAAAGGUCACAGCUCAUUAUAUAUGUGAGUUUGUUCAAAGGUCUAAAUUUGUUCAUUAUAUAUAUGCAUAUUGGUUUCUGCACAAUACUAAGUUCAAUCAUAUUGAAUUAAUUUCUGAUCGUGUUAAGCGGGGGCAUCUGUGUCCUUUGGACAUGUCCAAUUUCUAGUUAUUAUCAUGUUCAUAUGACUCAAAACUACGAGUGAGAACCCCCACAACUUGGGGACGGAUCGUAAACCAUUUAUAAGAAUCUAAACUUAAGUUGGCUAACUCUUCAUUGUAUUGACAUGGGGCUACUCUACAUGUGUACAAUCUAAUCAUCAAUGUUUAAAUCUUCCAAUGAAAAAAAAAAAAAAACACUGUGAACCUAAUUAUUGUCAACAUGAGGGAGUAGACUUCCUAGGAUCAGGCUCCUUUAAAAUGAUCUAGGACAUGAUGAAAUAUGCACUAAAGGUUAUAACUUUGAAACAUUUGUAACAAUACAUGUAAAAUGAGUAAGUCCUUUAUAUUUUGUUUUUCAUACUUGUCAUAAUACCCCCAAAGCUUUGUCACUUCUCUUUAUGUAAAUUAGGUUUAGUAAAAUGUUUUGCCUCCUACAUGGAAUAUAUUGCCAUUUUGUUGAACUUAUUGAGAAGUUUUAUUAAAUUUAAUUUUACUCAAAAAAGGAUAUCCCUCACUUUUUAAAUUUCAGUGAAAAGGAAAGUUUUCUUUUUCAUUGUUAGAUGAAUUUUAUUUAUAUAAGUUGGAAGUAUAUAUAUAUGUAUAUCUUUGUAUGCACAUGGAUUUAACUGCAUCUCGCAUCUUUUUCUUAUUAGUAUCAUGGCUCUAAGUUUUUACAGAUUAUUCAUUUUUUAAUAUAUUUAUUUGUAUUCAUGUUACUUGGCUGCUACUCAAAUGCAAUUGUUAAUGGUAUAUUGCUAUGAAAUGUGAAACCUUGAAUUUUGAUGGAAAAUUGGUUUUGUUUUCUUUUUAUUCAAUGUAAUAAGGUGCGGAUGUUAUCCCAUCAAGUGUACUUUUGAAUUAAGUUCUGUUUGUAUCUUAAACAGUAUCUGUGUUCAUUACUAUAUAUAUUUUAGGCAUGAGAUAAUUGUUAGCAUUGAAAUGCUUUGUUUUCAAAGUAGUAUUAUUGUAUUGUUAUUCACUAAACAUCAGCACUAUUAGGGAACAUCAGCUCAUAAGCCUAUUCAUAGAUAAAACUAAACAAACACAAACCAAAUAUUGCAUAUUUAUGUAUUUUAGGAAUCAGGGAUUUCACUUAAAUUCUAGAUUCUCUUGAAUCAAGUUUUAGAAAGACAAACAAGAAAUAUAUAGUUCAGAAUGGAACAGGAAUAAAGAAGAAAUCUUCACAUUUGUAAGCUUUAUAUAAUUCAUUUAUUAACAAAGCCCCCUUGCCCAAAUGAUAAUUUUGUACAAUUUUUUCCCUGUCUGUUUAACCCUAAAUCUCCCGGGGUAUUUUGAUUCUUGUAAUUCCUAGAAUGCUAAUUUUUGGUGAAAAUAUUCUUUAUAGCAUUCCUAACAAUUGUGAAUGAAAAAAAUUCUGGUACCAAGACCGAUUUCUUAUGUAUUUUAUUGUUUUUUAAAUUUCUUAUGUAUUUCUCUAUUUUUUUACUUUUUGUUUUUUAUUGUUUUUUCAAUGGAAAUCGUUCCAGACUUAAUUCUGAUCAUAAACAAGGCAAAAUUAAUUUAGUUUUAUCAGUAAAAGUAGAAAUAAUGAUACAUUUAUGAAUUUUUGCUAAAUACACAAUUUGCAUUGGAUUUGUACAUGAAAUCAUGUUUAUGAGCAAUUUUGGGUCUGACAUGCACUUACAUAAUGUUGCGUAAUGUCGUAACCGCGUACCCGGGCGUCACAAAUUUGGUCUCAAAAUUUGCGCGAGACUUGAAAGUAAAAAGUCAGUGAGCGGCAAGGUCAAAAAAUUUUGCGCAGCGGAUAUAUCGCAAAAAUUGUCGAGGGGGGGGGGCCAUUAUGGCCCCCCCCCCCCCCCCGGGAGAAUUAGGGUUAAACUCAACUGCACACUUAUAGCAGGUGAAAUACUAGAAGUUAACAAGUUAAAGUAAAAAAAAGCGAACAAAAAGUAUGAUAUUCCAUAUGAAGUCUAAGGUCUGCAAUACUGAAAAAUGUCAUGGAAUUCUUCUUCAAAUAUAUUUUGUACUCAUCACUGGAAAACAUCUUUGAUGACACUGAGAACAUGUAAUGCAUUAAAAAAAUUGAAAUACUUAGCAUUGCUACUGACCUCACCUAUGACAGUAUGAUAAUUAUGGUAUUUGGAUGAUAUUUUUUAUACCAUUGGCUGUAUGAUGGUGGGCCCCAAGUCUGAGCACCUAACAAUUUGAGUUAAGAUUUAACAUGAAUUUCUUCUUAUUUCACAAAAUCUUUUGGUUAAUAGUGUUCCUUAUAUUAUUAAGAGUAAGUGUACCAAAUUUCUCAUUAAAAAAUGAAAGAAAAUAUAAGAUUUUCUUGAAAAACCUUUUUGGCAGUCAUUUUCAGAUUGAAAAAAAAAUGGUACCCCAUGUCUGCGCACUCAUUCACUUUGCACACGAUUCGGGGAUUUUGAUGACAAAGGCUGCAUUUUGAGGCCGUCACAUGAAAUGCCCUGAAUUCAUUAUUUUUCCACCAUUUUGAGUCGGAUUUUUUAAUGAAUGUGUAAAGUUCAUGCUCGUUGCGUAUCUUCUUUUACUAGAAUCGCGCAGAUACGCGGGUGCACAGACUUGGGAGACCGCGCAGACAUGGGGGAACUGACCAUACUACCACUGGUAUCUCUGUUGAAUUAAUCUCUGCCAAAAUUUGUGGCAUUUCUUUUUGGUCUUAUUAUUUUUAUUUGACCAGUUUUACAAAAACAAAAAAAUAAUCACCUUCACUCCUGUACGAUUUGAAUUUCUAACUUUGCAUAAAUUUCAUGAAUAAAGAAAAGUGUCAUCUCAUUCUGGGGGCCAUUACCAUUAUGUGUAAUUUCCUGUACACACAGAUGACAGGCAAUAUCAGGUUUCUGUGAUACAUAUAUUGAAAUUGCAUACAAACCAAAUGACAGGCUGUAGGUUUAUAGCUUAUUUAGAUAUUUAUUUCACAUCUUUAUACAGGGUAAUCAAAUAAGCUGUAUAUGAUAAACAGUGAUCAAAAAUUUAUAAAGCUGGUUUACAAUUGGGUCCUUUCAACUAAAAUACAAAUUAUAAUCAUUGAUUACAUUAUAUAAUAUUUACAUGCAAAAUAGACAGAAGAUAAGCCUAAACCCCAACCCUCUCUGCCUUCCUCUCAUUAAUUAGACACACACAUACGGAUGCAACCAUGUAUUUACUGUUAUUCCCUCUUACACUCACAUACACAAAUUACUUACCUACCAUUUACUUGUAUCAUAUAAUAAGUCAAAUUUAGUAUUAAGAUCACAUACUGUAUUAACAAAUUAGCUUGAGCAAUGAUCAUUUUUAUAAUUAUGGUUAGAAUAAUAAUUGAUUUCAAGAAUUUAUUAGACGUGUAAAGGUUACCAAUGAUUGGGAAGAUCAAAUUUCUUCAGAUGAUGAAUUCCAUUUGUUACACCUACCUGAGGUUUUGUUAUACUAAGUUUUACAUUGAUGGGCUCGUAAUAAAAAUCUGUUUGUACGUCCUGUUAUACGUAACGAUACAUUAUCAUUAAAAAUAAAUCUAUAUUAAAAAAGAAUGGAGUUUAUUCACUUAUACACUUAUAUACCAUUCAUAAUACAGAAUUUUUGUACAAUUCGUUCAUAGAAGACUAAGCUAAGAUUAUGUACUGUAUCAUAGAUACAGGGGUGGUAUUCUGAGAUACACAAUGGGUAUCUAACCAUUUAGAUAUGCAAGAUAAUUUUUUUUAUUUUAUGUGAGUAAUAAAAAGUGAUCUCUGAAUAUCAAUUAAAUAUUUAUGGGUAAAAUGAAAUAUUUUAAAGAUAAAAUGGCCUCAGAAUACAGCCCAGAUCUAUAUGACCAGACAUUGCAUUGAUACAAUGCAUGACGGAGAACAAAUCCUAAAUAAAACCUUUUAAGACGGUCCAUAUUGAUUAAUCAAAGCUUUUGUUUCAUUCCUUUUACAAUUCAAUCAAAUGACAUGAUAUUUGAAUGUCAAAGUAUCGUCAAUUAUCACACCCAAACAUUUGUGUUGUGAUACACUAAAAUAGUGUGAUUGAUUAUUGCAGAUAUUGUAAGGUUGAUAAUCACUGCAGAGAACCAAGAAGCAACACUUUGUUGUUUUCUUUAAUCAUUUAAUACCAAUCUGUUAUUACAUUAUUUAGCACUCAUUCAUUGCAGAGUUAAGUUGACUUUUGACAAUUCUAUAGAACUGUAUACCACAAACAUUCAGAGUUGCAGAGUUGUAUGAUUUUAUUAGUUCACUCCUAGGCCCGUCUUGUAAGGAGUUACAAUUGACCAAAUCAAUCUCAACUAUAUGGAAAUCAAUGUACUUUGUGAACAUAAGGAAGCAGACUGAAUUUAAAAAAAAUGAUUAAUGUAUGAAUAUGCAUCUUAUCUAGAAAAUACUUAGAAUAACCAUGCAUUUUAGAUGUUGACGUUGCUGGCUUCUCAUAGUUGUAGUUGAUUGGAUCAUCUCAACACUUUGUAAGGCGGGGACCCUGUUUUUGAAGGAAGGUUGCAUUUCCAACCUUUAUCUUU